GUCGGGACGCUUUGGAUCCUGUCAGCUGAUACCAAGAUGCGAUUAAGUUUUCAUCGUGAGCCUUGAUGGUGGUAUUUUGUUUGUUGUAAUAUAUAACACCCGUAAGAUCCUAAAGUUUCUUCUGAAUUAUACUUUUAUCCUUGGUGUAUCCUGUAUAAAAAAAAAAACGUUUUUAUAAAGUUAUUAGAGUUGGAUCGAUAAGGAUUUUGUACAAGCUUGAACGAUAUAUAUAUAUAUAUAUAUAUAUAAAACAAGAAAAUUAAAAUGUCGUUAAGCGCAGAUAUAUCCACGGCCCUUCACUUGCUCGAGCAUGUUCAAGAACGUGUAGAAGAUUGUGAUGAUCCAAAAUUACAAAUGCAUACCACUCAAGAUCUCAAGUCAUUAAUUUCUUUAUUGGAAGAUCCCGUAUUUCGAAGUAUAGUCACCAUACAAGAUUCUUUGCUUGAAUUAAAUAGUCAAUUAGGACAACAUCCAUCCAUUCUUCCUGGAGAUUUUGAUAUUAAUAUCAGCGGGCAAUUAGAGCUUUCUGUUCCAAAUACUCCUGUGCAACCUUUAGGACCAAUUGCUUAUCAAGAUUUAUAUCCGGAUAGUAGCGAAUUGGAUGAUCAAAGAGUACCAAUUGCUCCAUUGUUACAUAGCAGCAGCGAAGACACCAGCGCACAGGUUACAAGUCCUAGUCUGGUUUCAGAAGUUAUGGGAAUGCCACCUAUAACGACCCCAACCUACGCCAAAGAGUUCAAAAAGGUGAUAGAGGCUGCAGCGAGAGGGCGUCAGAUAUGUACAGUGCAGCUAUACAAACCAGAAGGUACUAGUUUAGGAUUCAGUGUCGUUGGUCUCCGCAGUAAAGACAAGGGCGAGCUUGGUAUAUUUUUACAAGAAAUUCAACCAAACGGCAUUGCAGGCUGCGAUGGUCGUUUGUUAGAAGGUGAUCAAAUAUUGGCAAUAGAUGGACAACCUUUAGACUCGAAUAUCUCUCACGAGCAAGCAAUUUCGAUCCUUCAGAAAGCUCGUGGUCUUGUCGAGUUGGUCGUAGCAAGAAGCACCCAAGACAUUGGGAAUUCUUUGCCGACGGAUGAAUUGUCCGGAGGUUCGAGUUCGACAGCGGCCGCAGGAGCAGCUGGAGGAGGAGCAGCAGCAGCAGCCGUCUGUGCUGCGGGGAACAACAACAACAACAACAACAACAACAACAACAAUAACAAUCAAAUUGGCUCGGACAAAGAUCAGUCGGUGUCAGUGUCGUCGAUUGUCACACCAGCAGCAACACCUAAAUCAAGUCAACCUGCUAGUAACACCUCUGCAGCAACACCAACACCAACACCAACACCAAUACCUACACCAACUUCCACACCGAUACCCGGCACCGUUCACGGAGACCUCGUCAUCGAAAGGAGCCCUUCCGCUGUCAGUGACGCCUCCAAGAGUGGCCCUGACAUGGUGCUGAACACGGAAUGGGCGCAGGUAGAAGUGAUAAACCUUAUCAAUGAUGGCAGCGGUCUUGGAUUUGGGAUUAUCGGAGGCCGUAGCACAGGCGUCGUCGUCAAGACCAUCCUUCCCGGAGGCGUCGCCGAUCGCGAUAAUCGGCUACAAAGCGGGGACCAUAUACUUCAAAUCGGAGAUGUCAAUCUACGAGGAAUGGGAAGCGAACAGGUUGCAGCUGUUCUACGGCAAUCAGGGACACACGUGCGCCUCGUUGUCGCAAGACCAGUUGAACCAACCUCACCGGAUUUCCAGGCCAUCGGAAGUCAUGCUCCGAUCGUACCAACGAAGAUCCUCGGUGAUCCGGACGAAUUGGAGAGAUACCUGGUCCACAGUGUACCUGAGACUUACAACAUACGACACGUACAACAGGGUGAUGCCAGUUACGACAACGGUUAUAUGUAUUCGCAGGAGUCCGACGCAAGAACCAGUCUCAUCAUGGAUGUGGUACCCAGACGCAACCCCAUACAAAUUGGAGCGAUGCCAGUUAUACCGACGGUACCGGUACAAAUUCCGGAACUACCGGUCCUCAGCAUGGACGCCAUCGAUGUUAAUUCACUGCCAGAAAUGGAGCGUUUCACCGUCGAGCUUAAGAAGGAUAUUUACGGCCUUGGGAUCACUAUAGCCGGCUACGUUUGCGAGAAGGAGGAACUUUCGGGGAUCUUUGUCAAGAGCAUAAGCGAGGGUAGCGCGGCAGACUUAAGUAAUAAAAUACAAAUAAACGAUAGGAUAGUCGAGGUGGAUGGUCAUUCUCUACAGGGUUAUUCGAAUCACGAGGCAGUUGAAGUUCUUAGAAGUACCGGGCAGACCGUUGUUCUCUGCUUGGAAAGAUAUUUACGUGGACCAAAGUACGAACAACUUCAACAAGCGAUCGCAGCUAGCGAGCUGAGACUACCUCAGCCAAGUUCACCGUCGAUAACGAGCCUACCCAGUUUCCCGAUAAGCGCGGAUGGCGACACUACUACAGAGAUAGAGCCUGAAGGUGAAUCGCAUACUACCGUAGAUAGUGCCGUACUUCAAGAGGCAGAUCGUGAAAUAACUGGUAACGAUGAAUUCGACGAAGCUACCAACGUCGAAGCUUUAUUGAGCGAUCCAUCGAGCGAAUUAACAGCACAAAUUCGUGCGGCAAUAAAAUCGAAAUGGCAAAAGAUCGUAGGACCUGAUACCGAAAUAGUGGUAGCACAAUUGAAGAAAUUUGCAGAAGGUAGCGGUCUUGGUAUUAGUUUAGAAGGUACGGUGGACGUUGAAAAUGGUCAAGAAGUGAGGCCUCAUCAUUACAUACGUUCGAUUUUACCUGAGGGACCUGUCGGUCAAAAUGGUACAUUACGAUCAGGAGACGAAUUGUUGGAGGUAAAUGGUUACCGUUUGCUCGGUAUAAAUCAUAUGGAAGUAGUUAGCGUUUUAAAAGAAUUGCCUAUACACGUUCGUAUGGUUUGCGGAAGGAAUGUGGCCUCCCAGGAUCCAUUGUGUCCCAUCGAUACUGCUCAACAUCAAGCAGCCUUUCAAACCAGAAGUAUUCUCGGUGGAUCCCUUCAAAAUCUUUUACCAACAAUGGAUAGACUUGUAAAAGCGAAAUCUGAUGGAUCCUUGGCUUCAACUACUACGACCGCAACAGUUACUGACGCUAGCUUGAACAAAAUGAAGUCACGAUCAUUAGAACCAUUAACGGGCUUGGCUAUGUGGAGCUCAGAACCGCAAAUUAUCGAGCUGGUUAAAGGAGAGAGGGGCCUUGGGUUCUCCAUUUUGGAUUAUCAGGAUCCAAUGAACCCCAACGAAACUGUGAUAGUAAUAAGAUCGCUCGUUCCUGGUGGUGUGGCACAAGUUGAUGGCCAACUUAUACCAGGUGAUCGACUUUUGUUCGUGAACGAUAUCGCUUUAGAGAAUGCAACUCUUGACCAAGCUGUUCAGGCUCUGAAAGGUGCACCAAAAGGAACCGUACGCAUAGGAGUGGCCAAGCCGUUACCCAUACCAGAUAGUAUCGUACAGAGGGUACCACCAAUCUGUACGGUUCGACGCAGCCGAAGCUUCCCGAACGAGAGUUCUGAAACGACUGAUCGUGCAGCCGAGCUUGAAGAUUUCCUUUCAUCGAGAUCGGGUAUGACCGACAUUUCGACCGGCGUUCAAGUUAUUGCCGAUAGAAAGGAAGAAGAUAAGAAUCGGAAACAACGUCAACGUCAGCAACAACAACGGCAACGUUAUGAGGAGAAUGAAGAGCUGGAGGAGGAAGAGGAGGAGGAGGAGGAUCAUUGGAAAGAUGCUUUGCCAUUAACGCCAAUCUCAAGUCCUACGAAGUUGAAACAAUCAAUGAAAGAAAAAUCGAGGAUAUUAUCGAAGAAUGAAAAAGAAAUUGACUCGUCUAAUAGAUAUUAUCCAACUAAUGAUAACAUUCAUACGGAGGAAGACGUAAUCACGCCAACGAUUGAAACAAUGUCUAUCGGGAAGGAUGGCAAAGAGAUUUAUGAAAUUCCAGAUGUGAUAACGCGCGUAGAACAAGCUGCGCCAAAGGUUAAAUUAAAGGAGAAAGAUGAAGGAGAUAUUCGAGAAAGGGAUGAAGAUAUUAGAAAGAAACAGGAAGAUAAAGAUAAGGAUGUCGAAGGAAAGGAGAAGGAAGAAAAAGUUAUUGUCGAUUUGUCUGACGUAUCGGCAUUAACAGGAAAGAAAUCGGACGAAGAAAAAAGGAAGUGUCUUAAUACGUACGAUGGUACGGAGUCAAGGGAAGAAGGAAUAUCUACAGAAACAUUGGAUAAAUCCGAGGAAUCCUCCGAAAGGAUUUCGAAGAAGAGGAUAAGAAACGAGAAGGAAGAUGAUGUUGUUGCCGGUGUUAAAAGGAGAUCGAAGAGAAAAGAGACAGAGAAAGAUAGAAGAUCAAAAGACGGGGAUACAAGUAGAAGGAGAAGAUCCAGGGAGGAGAGGAAGAGUCUGAAGGAACAGGAGUGCAUCGAGAGGGUCACUCAGUAUCUCAGGAAGCAUAGCUCGCUAACCGCAUUUAACGAGCCAGAGCCACCGGAGUACUCAUAUUCGACUUUCGACGAGGACAGUUCGUUGUUACGUAGUUUGGACGACGAAAGAAAGAAACGAAUGGAAUUAGAGGCCAUCGUUCAGAAAGAAAAAGAAAAGGAUAAAAAAGAGGUAAAAGAGGAGGAAGAGAUUGAAAAGAAAAUGGACGAAGAUUUGAAUGUUAUCAAACUCGUGGAAACGAAAUCUUCUUUAGACGAGAAAAAUAUAUCCGACGAUAUUAAGAUCGUCGAAUCUGAUCGAUCGAUAAAUGAAUUUAAUAUUAAUAAUAAAGGACAGGUUCGUAUGGACGACGAACCAAACGUAAUCGUAGAUACGAUGGGAAUUAGAAGAACUGAAUCCGAUGGAAUCGGUGAAACUAUGAGAAGUUUAAGAAAUAGAAGAUCGUUGAAACCAUCGAUAUCGGAUACCGAUGUUGUUAAAUCGAGUAAACGACCUAGCUCAUUGAGAAAAAGAAAAGAUAUGGUUUCUAAUGAAUCCUCAAAGGAAUCACUACUCGAGGAAUCGAAGAAGGAAGUUAGGAUAAGGGAAACCGUACAGGAGAUAUUCUUUGAGGAUAAUAGCGAUCAAUUGUCGACAUUAAUACCGGAAAUACAAUUAGUUAAAGCGAGGAUAAUUACGGCCGAGGAAGUGGCUAGUGCACGUUUCGAGGCUAAAGAUUUACGAAAAAUUGAAAUCUAUUCGCCGGCCGACGUUGUUUUUAUUCGUCAGGACGAUGAUACGAUCGAAAAGGAUCAAACAUCACGUGUAAUACCUUCUUCUUCUUCUUCAUCUUCCGAAUUAAAAUUGCCGUUAUUAGGUAAAUCAAUUUCGGAAAAUACUUUGACAAACGAUGAUAUUAUCAUAGACGAUAACAAAAUUUCUGAGAGAAACAUUAAGCCAGAAAUUUUAUUGGAUUUGUCGAAGGUAUCCGAAAUAGUGGAUGAUGAUACUAUAGUUACGGACAAAGAUAUAGAUAAUAAAGAUAAGAAGGUACUUAAUAGGACAGGUAGUGAAGGUUCAAAGAGAUCGUUCAUUGGUGCGAAAGAGAAAUUCUUUGAUAAUCGUGACGUUAAGAUUAGUGCUCCUUUAUCGUUGCCUAGUGAACCGGAAUCGGAACUGAAAGAGGACGUUUUAGUGAUUCGUAAAGAUGUUAAGAAAUUAGAAGAAGACAUAUCCAAGGAUUUCGAUGGCAAAGAAUCGAGCUUGGAAGAACGUGCAGGCCGUGAGGAGAAAAGGAAACAGGAACAGCGACAACAACAACAAGAACAACAACAGCAACAGUUGCAGCUACAACAGGAACGACAACAGUUACAGCUACAACAGGAACAGGAACAACAGCAGGAAUCAAAGAAAUCUUUAACAGAGGAAGACGUUAUCAAGGAGAAAAAGGAAGAAUUAAGUGGGGAAGUAGUAGAUUAUGAAAAAAUCCUCCGACAGCAGGUGGAGGAACGUCCGCUGCUGGAGGAGGAUGAAACAUUAUUGACUUGUCAGGAGGAGGAUAAUUUGAUAAGUAAGGAACAUUCCUUGGAAUAUCAAAGUCAGACAUUAGAGAGUCAAUUGGAAUCUUUGACUUCAGCUGAACCAACGGUAGUACCAGUUGUCCCAAGGAAUUUCUUCAAAUCUGUACCGGACAGUUGGAAGCGCGAGGUCAACGAGGAAAGUUUCGACGAUAUAGAAAGAAGUUACAAGGAGACACAAUCAUCGCCACGUGAGAAACGUGAAGUUGAAACACAGACGGUACAAGAGACGAAAAGUACUCAAUGUAGUCCGGAUCAAAGUUUAUCGAGUACAGCGGAGAUCUUUGAGACGGCUGGGAUACACGUGGCAUUGAGAUUUUAUCAAAGUCCAAAGAGGGAAGUUCAAACGCAAACCCAAGGUGAAAGUAAAAGUAUUCAAUGCUCGUUGGAUGAUUUAAUAUAUCAUGAAUUAUCGUUUGAUCCACGAUUACUUGGUAAAACGUUCGACAAUUUAGUUAAAACCGAACGAAUUCAAAUUCAAGAGUCUAAGAGCGUACAAUGUAUACCGGAGGAUAUCUCGAGUGAGCCAAAGUUGAAAUCAAUAGUGGAUAACAAGAAGUUGAAGGAGGAGGAGAGGAAGAAGAAGAAGAAGGAGGAUUCGUUAUUAGGUUUACGUAAAGAAGUAGAAGUUCAAACUUAUCAAGAAUCAAAAGCCGUUCAAUGUACCGACGAAGAGUUACAAUCUUACGAGACUGAUCGUACUUUAGAUAAAUCAUUGAACAGACCUGAUACCUUAACAACCACUCGAAAUACCGAAAUCUCUUUGGUUCCCUCGUCCCGUAAACUUGCCACGGUUGUCUUUGUCGAGGGUAAAACUAUCAUGACGGUCACGCAAAGAGAUCACGAUGGUAACAUCACCUGGUCUAAUCAUUGGGGACCGGAAAGGCUCGUAGAAAUUUACAGAGAACCCAAAACCAGCUUGGGACUUAGCAUAGUAGGUGGAAAGGUCGAUUUGCACAAUGGCAGCUCCAGUAAGUCGCAGAACAUAUCUGGAAUAUUCAUAAAGAAUGUUUUGCCUAACAGUCCAGCUGGAAGAACUGGAGAGUUAAAGAUCGGUGACAGAAUAAUCGAAGUUGACGGCGUGGAUCUACGGAAUAGUACGCACGAGCGAGCGGUCGAGGUCAUUCAAGCGGCCGGAAAUCCUGUCUGCCUCCUCGUCCAAUCUCUGGUGCAUCUGAGUACCGAGAACGAGAGCAAUUCUCAAGAUGGUAGAAGCAAAAGUCGUUUGCCCGUGUCUGGCGUAGCUCCUGGAACACCCACAGCAUCAUUUCGACAGAAACCUUCGCCGAUAUCACCGGUCAGAUCCAUCACGCCGGAAGUGAUUCAGGGUGGUGUCGAAGACAGUGACAAAACUCCUCCGAGAGAUUUCAAAAGGCAGAGUAUAAGAAGUACAGAUGGCGCUGGUCCUAGUGCACGAAGAUCCUCCAUGAAAAAAUCGGUACGUAAAAAGGCGCCAUCGCCGCCAAUAAAUCCUGGAAUAUUACGUGAAGUUAGCGAGGAACGGGAGGAUCAUGGUCCACCUGUGCAAAAACCACCCGCAAAGAAAUACUCCUCGGAGGAAAGUUCCGAGGAGGAGGAUAUACGUGAAUUGGAGGGUAACGUUUAUACGAAGAACGGAAUGGAGAUAUCCAGAAAGAGUGCUGGCAAUGUAAAAAGAUCGAAGGCCGAGAUCGAUGCUGAUCCAGAAGAAGAGGAUGAAUUUGGUUACACAAAUAUGAAGAUACAAAAGAAAUAUCACAAUCUGGGUCACAAGGUACUAAUGGUGAAGGUAGAAAAAGAACGUGGUAGUUUGGGUAUAUCUCUUGCCGGUCACAAGGACAGAAAUCGAAUGGCUGUCUUCAUUUGUGGCAUCAAUCCGAAUGGUUCUGCUCAUAAAGUUGGUGGACUUGCCGUUGGCGACGAAAUACUCGAAGUGAAUGGUAUGGUGUUAAAAGGAAGAUGUCACUUGAACGCUUCGGCAUUGAUAAAGUGUAUGGCCGGUUCAUUCUUCAAGAUCAUAGUACUUCGAAAAAUGCAUGGGACGGAUGAUAUAGCUGUAAAACCAUUGGUCCAAUUCCCACCUAUCUUAGACGAGAGCGAACAAUUUAGCGGAUACAAAGGAGUCCGUGUUGUCCCAGUAAAAAAGGGACAAUACGGUCUUGGUAUAAUGAUCAUCGAGGGUAAGCACGCUGAGGUUGGUCAAGGAAUAUUCGUUUCGGAUAUACAGGAAGGUAGUGCUGCUGAACAGGCAGGUUUGCAAGUCGGUGAUUUGAUUCUAGCCGUUAACAUAGAUUGUCUUCUCGGCUCGACAUACGAUGAGGCUACGAGUCUCUUGAAGAAGGCCGAGGGCGUCGUCAAGUUGACCGUUUGUAAUCCAAAUCAAAGUAAAAUUGGUCAAGAUGGUAAAGAGAUAAAGCCCCCUGAGCCCGAAGUUAAACCAGUGGAAAAAAAAGAACCAGAAAAACCGAAGGAACCAGAGCCACCUCAGGAUCCAAAGGAUUGUAAGAUUCAAGUUGGAAAGGAUACUACUAUAGAGUUUCAAAAAGAAAAGGACAAGGGAAUAGGUUUCACUAUAACUGGUGGUAGUGACACACCAAUGAGCGGCGUAUUUAUUCUGGAAGUAUUUCCUGAUGGAGCAGCCGGUAAAGAUGGCCGAUUGCAAGCUGGGGAUCAAAUUCUUGACAUAUGUCAAGAAAGUUUCAAAUCUAUCGAACAUGAGAAAGCUCAUGCUGCAGUAUUGAAAAUUACGGGAACAAUAAUUAUGGUGGUACAUAGAAGCGAUAAAUCACCGGAAGAGGUUGAGGUCGAAUUACAAAAGAAAUCAGGCAAAGGAGCUGGUCUCUGUUUGACCGGAUUUAAGAGUGGCAAGGGUGCUUACGUUUCCGAUCUGUUACCAGGUGGUAGUGCUUUGGAAAGUGGUAAAAUUUGCAAAGGCGAUCGAGUCGUAGCCAUUUGCGGACAGGACGUACGCGAAGCACCGGUCGAGGAUAUCGCGGUUCACAUCAAAGUUUCCAAUCCGGUGCAACUUAAAUUGGCUAGGUACAAGUCCGCUAAGCAAUGACAGGGUUCUGCGGGCGGAACUCUAAAAAUUUAUCGGAAAGAAACCAAAAGGAGAAUAAUUCACAGACAACGUGGAUAACUAGUGUGAUAUAAUAUAACAAAUAUAAUAAUAUAUCUGUUCUUAAUGCUUAAGCUAAUUGAUCAUAAUGACGAAUUUAACAAUAGUACUCGACAAGACGUAUCACCAUCAAAUAUCUGUGUACGAUUCCGAGCGAUUUUUUUUCUUUUUCAACUUUUCAAAAGAAGUACAUAUACGGAUUUAAAAGAAUACGUGUAUUAUGUGCGUAUAGAAGAAAAAAGAAGAAGAAAAAAAAAAAAGAGAAAAGAAAAUGACAAACGAAAACAAGUGAAAGCAAGCAAACGAACGAAUGAAAAACAAAAAUAAAUAAAUAAAUAAAUAAAUAAAUAAGAAAAAGAUAUGACACAUAAACGUAGCCAUUACAGAGGGAACCAAAAGUCGUCGAAUCGCUUGAUCGAUUUAAAAAAAAGGAAAAGCAAAAAGAGAAAAAAAAGAAACAAAAACAAAGCUAGUCGAUGAAGAAAGAGAAAACAAAAAAGAAAAAAGAAAAAAAAAAAAGAGAGAGAGAGAGAGAGA